CUCACUCUCAGUCACUCCCUCGGUUUAAAAGGAAACAAGUGCUGUUACUCAGUACUGAAAUUUUACUCAACCAGACGAAAACAUGGAGGAUAGAUACACAACUUUUGGGGAGUACGUCGUUCACAGGGAAGUCCUAGAUGAGACCCGCCUGGAAGUGGUGGCCCAAAAAAGGACGUGGUCCACCAAACCAACCGUUGGUGAACGGAUGAAAGACAUGCUGAGGUGCUCCGCGUCUCAAGUGAAGGACGUACUGCUGACCUGGAUUCCUAUUCUCUCCUGGCUGCCAAAAUACCAAUUUCGAGAAAAUAUCUUGGGUGACGUGAUGUCUGGCUGCAGCGUGGGAAUCAUGCAUCUGUCACAGGGUAUGGCAUAUGCUCUCCUGGCCUCUUUGCACCCCAUGUUGGGACUUUACUCCUCCUUUUACCCGGUUCUGGUCUACUGUAUCUUUGGUACCUCCAGGCACGUCUCUAUUGGUACAUUUGCUGUGUUGAGUAUCAUGGUUGGCGGUGUGACAGAGAGGUUUGCACCUGACAGUAACUUUAUUGUAAACGGCACCAAUGGGUCAGAGAUUGUGAACUUGACUGCAAGGGACUCGUAUAGAGUACAGGUAGCGUGUUCCCUCACAGUCUUGGUUGGAAUCUUUCAGAUCCUGCUGGGCUUGGUGAAGUUUGGUUUCAUGGUGACGUACUUCUCUGAGCCGCUAGUUCGAGGCUACACCACAGCGUCAGCGUGCCAUGUGUGCGUCUCUCAGCUCAAAUACGUGCUUGGAGUCAAACCAGCUCGCUUCAUUGGCCCAUUCGCCCUCAUUUAUACACUGGUGGACGUUUGCAGGCUUCUUCCUCAGACAAAAGUCCCGGAGCUGGUGGUCGGCCUGGUAGCUCUUGCCGUUCUCAUCGUCGUUAAAGAAAUCAAUAAUUGCUACAGACAGAAGCUACCAUUCCCAAUUCCUAUAGAGAUAGUAGUUAUCAUCACAGCAACAUCCAUUACCUACUUUUGUGGACUCAACACUGAAUAUUCAAUUGAUGUGGUUGGAGAGAUUCCCAGUGGGCUCAAGCCUCCUCGUGCUCCUGACGCCACACUCUUCUCCCAGAUGAUCAGCGAUGCUUUCGCUGUGACAUUCGUUGGCUACGCCAUCAACAUUUCACUGGGCAAAACGUUCGCCCUCAAACAUGGCUACAAGGUGGACAGCAAUCAGGAGUUGGUUUCUCUUGGUCUCUGUAACACCAUCGGGGGGUUUUUUGGGUGUUACGCUGUGUCAUCCUCAUUGUCUCGAAGUCUCGUACAGGAGAGCACUGGCGGCAAAACUCAGAUUGCUGGGAUGGUCUCCUCCGUUAUUGUGCUCAUUGCAGUUUUGAAAAUUGGCUCCUUGUUUGACGAUCUCCCCAAGGCGGUUUUAUCCACAAUCGUGUUUGUGAAUUUGAAAGGAAUGUUGAAGCAGUUUAUGGACAUGCCCAUGCUGUGGAAGACCAACAAGGUUGACUUGCUUGUUUGGCUGGUCACAUACAUAAGCACCAUCCUCCUCAAUCUGGACUUGGGUCUGGCUGUCUCCAUCAGCUUUUCCAUGCUCACAGUAAUCUUCAAAACACAACUACCCAGGUACUCAAUCUUGGGCAAUGUACCAGGCACAGAGCUGUAUCUGGACAUAGAGGUCUACAAAGAGGCCAAAGAGAUCCCAGGAAUAAAAGUCUUCCACUCAUCAGCCACUAUCAAUUUCACAAAUGCUGAAAUGUACUUGGAGUCCCUGCAAGAGAAGAGUGGAAUCGACAUUGGAAAGCUGCAAACUGAGAAGAAGAAACAAGAAGCCAAGCAGAGGCGUGAAAAAGAAAAACAGAAAAAAAGAGAAAGGGAUGAAGCAAAGAAAAAUAGGCUGAAUAAGAAUAAGGAUGACCAAAAUGGUGUGGUUUUCAGCAUGGCAGACACAGAUUCAGACAUCUCUAGCAAAGUUCAAAUCAACUGGGGUUAUCAAACCGACAAAGUCACAUCCGACUCUGAUUCAGACUCAUAUGAGGUCGUCACUGUGGCUUCAAAUCAAGGUGAAGUUGCGAAGAGUAGCUAUAGAUCUGGGACUCACAGCAUCAUUCUGGAUGUCUCAGUGACCAGCUCUUUGGACACAGUUGUUGUGAAGACACUAAAAAAUAUUUUCAGGGACUUUGGGGACGUUGGUGUGGCCAUCUAUCUAGCCGGCUGUCAAGCCUGUGUGGUGGAACAAAUGGAAAGGGCAAACUUCUUCUCCGAGUCCGUCUCCAAGAGCUGUUUGUUUGUGUCGGUUCAUGAUGCAGUUCUUCACAUUUUCAAGAAACUGGGACAAGAGGACAACAGUAUUGAUCUUUCUUGUGAUACCCAAAUGUGACCAGGAGGGGUCGCGUUUUUUCAAUUCACGCAAUCUUCAACCUCUCCUCCCCCUUUGCAUGUUUCACCGCUCUCCAUUGGCUGCCACUGUCUCCUCCCCUCUCAUUCACCAGGAGAGAAUGCGCCACCUUGACAUGGCGGCCGGUUGCCAGGGAAACACAGGGAUCUGUUGCCUUGGCGACCAGCUUUUUAUGAUAUGGUAUAAUGAGAUGGCCAGGAAUACGUCACUGCGGCUCUCUUGCUGUGUGGUGUGGAGUGUUUGAGAUGGCGGAGGGUGGGGGAUGAGUGGGAGAAUGUAACGCAGGACUAAUGAGAGUCUGUAUUUAUGGCAUUCAUGAGAGGGAGCAGAGAACGAGUGGAAGGCUGGGGCUAAAGGGAAACUUUUGAAAAGGAAAGUAUAAUAUCUGCCAGUCAUUUGUGGCUCAUGUGACCACAAAAAAGCGUACUUGCUGUUACAUUCGAACACGGGCAGCUUUAAUCAAACAAAUGGAUGUACUUAUAUCUUAUUCACAAGUCACAGAAGUCAUAACUCUUAGCUUAUUUCUAAAAAAUGCUAAUGUUGAGCUAGCCAAGAGUUCAACAGCAUAUAGAAUAGAAUAGAUGAUCUGGGCUUUUCUCAUUUUUUUCUAUUUAUUUUUGAAGAUGUUUGUUAGGUGCAAUUGCAUGCUUAGCCUGCUUUUAAAAUUACUGGUGCACUGAUCAGAGGAGCAAAACAACAUGACUUCCUUGCCACUUCCAUGAGAUGAAUGAUCAACGAACAGAAAAUGUUAAUAAGUCACAGAUUAAAUUUUUUCCUCUUUUCCUACAGCUGCAAAGGUAAUAAAAGAAUAGCACUGACUGUUCUGAAAUGGGGUCUUUUGGAUCUGUUAGCAGUCAGUAUUUUUACUUGCAGUUGUGGAUUUCCUGUCAUCUUUGCAUGGUAUGUUUAUAUAGACAUCUACCUCCAAACUCUAAAUAUUCAUAGACAUAUUUUUAAUUGCCCAAUUUAUUAUUUAGCUAAAGAAACAGACAAAAAACAGCAUAGAAAACAGCAGUUUUGUAAUUCCAUGGGAACCUCUUCAAAACAUGCAUGUUUGAAGAGGAACACCUUUGUUGACAACAAAGGUGUCAAGCUUUUUUUAUUUUUUGCACUUUUGAUUAAGUUUAGCAACUUUUUAACAUUUAAACUCAAAAUCCAUUUUAUGUAAACAUGAUAACAAGUACACUUUUUUAAAUUUUUGUGUUUUUCAUUAACAAUCAUUUCAGUCUUUUCAUUGGAACGUUGCUCUUAGGGGUUGCAGUCAAUUAAAAGACAGAUUAGGCAUUUAAAUGCACGUUUUUCUCUAAAAAUAUCACUUGGAUUUAUUGUAUCAUCCCCAAGUGAACUGAUGGAAAAAUGUCACCGAUCCAUAAAAUAUACGUGAAUAGAUUUAUUUUAGUACUCGUCAAAUUCUGGAGAAUGUUUUUUAGUAAGAAGUGGUUUAAAUAACCUUAUUUCCUGUUGCCACAUUAAAACAACAAGAAUACAAAAAGACUUUGUAUUCCAUGGAAACAUUGCUUUUUAGAAUGUGUUUUUAACCAUUGUAGAUUUUAGAUGGCAGAAGAAAAUUAGAGGCUUCGAUGCUGCAGCUUCUGAAGGAAAACACCAAUCUUGUUAAACCGGUAGACGCCUGAGAAAAUGAUGUGUUUGGCAUCGCAGGGCUAAUAUUCCACUGAACUCCACUUCCAAACUACCCCAUUCAGACUUGUGAGGUAAUUCAACCAAGAAGUGGCUUUUUUUUGCAUAUUGUGUGUAUAUAUUGCACAUUUUAGUGAAUGAAAACAAGGAAAUAAAGACCCUUAAUAACACAGUGCAUCUCUUCAUCUGAUCGUUUAUUGCUUCUCUCUGUUCCAUCCCAACAACUCUCUCUCGUGCUUGGUACACAGCUCAGUUGGAUGUUAUUCUCUUCUCUAAACGUGUUAAUAAUCCUCAUUAACCUCCCCCCCCCCAAAAAAAAAUAACACUAAUUCACAA